AUGAUCGUGGACUCUCCAGAAGACGAAGACGAGAGGUCAAAGAAGGAAGUUGAUAUAUCCGAACCGUCUACGUUCUUCCUAUUCACGGACCUUCCAAAAGAGCUCAGAGACAAGAUCUUGCUCUCGUCACAGAGCCCGAUCAUCAUGGAGGGUUUCGCAGUGAUGGACGAGGAAUGGAGAGGGGGCCCGCAAGUACACUUCCGCUCGUACAGGUCCUGGACUCGAAUACCUCUCUACGCCGUGAGCCGCGAGACGAGAGCGCUGGCCAUCACCUUCUUCGGCAAACCGGAUCCGCUCUCUGUACCGUUCAACCCGUCUCGAGACGCCAUCUGCUUGGAUUGGGAUGAUUCCAAGCAGGCUGAGCGUCGCUGGACGGGCAACCACAGAAGCCCAGGGCCCGUACUGAUGACUCCCCGAUGGAACGCAGCCGAGGAGUGGGCUAUGCCGAGAGAACUGUGUGAUAGAAUCUGCCACAUCAAAGUUGACGCGCGCCACGCCUCUUCCGAGAAUGCAGACAAGGGAGACAAGGUGCCUUGGCGGCUUGUUUUUGGGCUGCUCAAAGAGCAUUUCUCUAACAUUACGAUGUUGGAGGUGAAGCUGUCGGACUUGGACGAUAAGAGGUUCGAGGGGACGUACGAUCCGGUUGGUCAGGAGCUUUAUAGGAUUGAUCAGCUGGAUCUUUUGGACGAGCUGGAAGAAAUGUCUGGGGAUGGGCGGGUGCCGUUCCAGAACUUAAGGCGCUUUAUCAUCACACCGGAACUCCCGACUCCUCUCCAGGCCGAGAGAGAGAUUCUCAAGUUUCGAAAGGUGGGGGGCAGCCAUUUCAAAGUCUUUAGACAGGGUCAAAUUCCCAAGGUUGGGUAG